AUGAAGAAGACCAAAGCACCUCGCGCAAGUGCCAUUGCCGCCUCAGAGACCGUCGUCAUCGUCUUCGAAGGAAAGAAGCAGAAACGUUAUACCCUCCACAAGCGGCUGUUGACAUACCACUCUGGAUACUUUCGACAAGUCCUUGACGACGGAUCGAAGAUCCACCAUGUUCCCGCAGUCGCUGAAUUCUAUCCCAUGCAUUUCGACAUUAUCAUUGACUGGAUGUAUGAAAGGAGCCUUCCUGCUCUGAUCGACAUGGGCAGUGAUGAUGACGUGCUGAACGCUUACAUACUAGCGGAGAAUCUAUCGAUCGGAACCUUCCAGAACGCAUUGAUGGAUAUCCUGUUCGAUUGGCUGCCACCUUGCUUUCUCAGUGCCGAGGACAUCGGAACGAUCUCCGGGAGGUUGCCAGAGAAUGAUCCUCUACUUCGGCUUGCUACAGAUAUAUUCUGUUCCAAUGGAUGGGUUGAAAAGAUGAGCAAUGGGCGCCCCGAGUGGGUUGAUCACUUGCCACAGGCAUUUCUGCUUUGUGUGAUCCGAAGGAUGUACCAACUCGGUCAGCUGCCGGAGGCCGAUCGUAAGCUCAAACGUGAGGAUUACGACAUCGUUGAGUGUGUAACAUCUGAGGACAAAGACGGAGAGUGA